GUCAGUGGAGCAGCCCAGUGGUAUCGACAGGCAGGGAAAGCCCUCAGACAGUAAGUACAGUGUCUCCGGUGAACACCGCCGCUCUGCUCCGCGCCCUGCUGGCUCUGCACUGAGAGCUGCGCCUCUAAACACGGACUGAGAGACACUUCAACACAGCGAGACUAAAAAGCUGAAGCAUUGAUUUGCUUUUAGGGGGGACAUGGCUGAUGUCAGUUUACUCGAGUCGUCCGGCGAGGACGUAGCGAAUAGGUUCGCUCGCAAAGGUGCUCUGAGGCAAAAAAACGUCCACGAAGUCAAGAACCACAAAUUCACAGCCAGGUUCUUCAGGCAGCCGACUUUCUGCAGCCACUGCACCGACUUCAUCUGGGGAUUUGGAAAACAAGGAUUCCAGUGCCAAGUUUGCUGUUUUGUGGUCCACAAGCGGUGCCAUGAACUUGUCACGUUCUCCUGCCCAGGGGCAGAUAAGGGGCCUGACACAGACGAUCCCAGAACGAAGCAUAAGUUUAAGAUCCACACCUAUGGGAGCCCCACCUUCUGUGACCACUGUGGCUCUCUGCUGUAUGGCCUCAUCCACCAGGGCAUGAAAUGCGACUCCUGUGAUAUGAACGUCCAUAAGCAGUGUGUUAUGAACGUGCCCAGCAUGUGUGGAACUGAUCACACCGAAAGGAGGGGGCGUGUUUACCUCAAGUGUGAGGUCAGCGGAGAGAAGCUGCAUGUCACAGUGAGUGAAGGCAAAAACCUGAUCCCCAUGGACCCCAAUGGCCUGUCUGAUCCAUAUGUCAAGCUCAAGCUCGUACCAGACCCCAAAAAUGAGACCAAGCAGAAGACCAAAACCAUCCGCUCCAACCUCAACCCGAAAUGGAAUGAGUCCUUUACUUUCAAGCUGAAGGCUACAGAUAAGGACCGUCGGCUGUCAGUGGAGGUGUGGGAUUGGGACCGGACCACUAGGAAUGACUUCAUGGGGGCCCUUUCCUUCGGCGUAUCAGAGCUCAUAAAGUCUCCAGCCUGUGGCUGGUAUAAGUUACUGUGCCAGGAGGAGGGGGAGUACUACAAUGUUCCCAUCUCAGAGGAGGAUGAUGGGAAUGAGGAACUGAGGCAGAAAUUUGAGGACCAAGCAGUUGUGGAAGACUCUGAUCAGGUGCCUCUUGAAAGGAAGGAAAAAGCCAAGCUAGGCCCAGGUAAGAAGGUGAUCACCGAGACGGACGACGGAAACUCCACCCUGCUGCCUUCCAACAACCUGGACCAGGUCAAACUCAGCGACUUCCUCUUCCUUGCUGUCCUGGGGAAAGGCAGCUUUGGAAAGGUCAUGCUGGCAGAGAUGAAGGCCACUGAAGAGCUGUACGCAAUAAAGAUCCUGAAGAAGGACGUUGUGAUCCAGGACGAUGAUGUGGAGUGUACCAUGGUGGAGAAGAGAGUCCUGGCCCAACAGGACAAGCCGCCCUUCCUGACACACCUCCACUCGUGCUUCCAGACUGUGGACCGUCUGUACUUUGUCAUGGAGUAUGUGAAUGGAGGAGACCUUAUGUAUCAUAUCCAACAAGUGGGCAAGUUCAAGGAACCCCAGGCAGUGUUCUAUGCAGCAGAGAUCGCUGUUGGUCUCUUCUUCCUGCAUGCUAAAGGAGUUAUCUACAGGGAUCUGAAGUUGGACAAUGUGAUGCUGGACUGCGAGGGACACAUUAAGAUUGCUGACUUUGGCAUGUGUAAAGAGAACAUCACAGAAGGAGUGACCACGCGCACCUUCUGUGGCACUCCAGACUACAUAGCUCCAGAGAUUAUUGCAUAUCAACCAUAUGGACGCUCUGUAGACUGGUGGGCAUAUGGAGUUCUGCUCUACGAAAUGCUGGCAGGGCAGCCUCCAUUUGAUGGAGAGGAUGAAGAUGAGCUGUUCCAGUCCAUUAUGGAGCACAAUGUGUCCUACCCCAAGUCUCUGUCCAAAGAAGCUGUCUCCAUCUGCAAAGGGCUGAUGACCAAGCACCCGUCCAAGCGUCUGGGCUGCAGCCUUGAGGGCGAGAGGGACAUCCGAGAACAUGCCUUCUUCAGACGUAUCGACUGGGAACGCCUCCAGAACAGGGAGAUACAGCCGCCCUUCAAGCCCAAAGUGUGUGGCAAAGGAGCAGAGAACUUUGACAAGUUUUUCACGCGCACCCAGCCCCAGCUCACACCACCAGACGAGCUGGUUAUCGCCAACAUCGACCAGGCUGAGUUUGCAGGGUUCUCUUUCAUCAACCCACAGUUUGUACACCCGUCGCUCUGUAACAGCUUAUGAGAAGGAUGGGGAAACCUCCCCGAAGAACCUCCCUGCUCACUGCUACCCACUUAAACCAACCGCCAAACCAACAUCUGACCACAACUUGAUCAAGCCACCCACUUUAAACCUUUAUGUAUUGGUUUUUAUUCAGCAGCAAUCUAGGGGCUUGCAUAUAUGUUCUGUAUGAUAUAUAUCUGCCAUAUAGAUUAUAUAGAUUAGAUUAGUUCUUGGCCAUCACAAGAAAUAAUUUCCUUUAGUUUAAUGAUAAGCAUGUACCGUAGACCUACUACUUAGACAGAAGGGUGUCAGGCUUUAAUUAUCUAUUCCAAUAUAUGAUGAAAUUGAGAGAAUGAACAAAUCUAUGCCUGUAUGAUAAAAGCAACAUAAUGUUAAAGGAGCAUUUGAGGCAUGGAUUAACUAAUUCUGGAAAAGAUGCCUGUGCAACUCUUCAUGCUUACAAAUCUCAAUGGAUAAACAUGCUCUACAGAUCUAGCUGGGGUCGCAUUUUGUUUUUGUAUGGAUAAUUAUCACAAUAUAGAUAUUAUAUGAUGACCUGAAAAACACUCUUAUAAGUCAGUGUAGCCAAAUAUGAAGGUGACAGGUGGUGCAGGCGUUGAAACAGCCCCUUGUGAUUCAAUGUUUCCUGUACCAUGUUUACAGUUUUCUUCCCCUUUGAUUUCAUGGUUAUGAUGUACAAUUCUACUUUAGUAUAAUUUGAUUCUUGCCAGUCUCAACUUCCAGUGUACGUAGCAAAUCAACUAAAGAAUGAACACGUCAUGUAAUUACAUAAUAAUGCAGCAUGUAAUAAUGCAAAUAUGUCAGACACAUACAUGUAGGAAUUAAAAGUUUGUCAGGGUUGGUUCCAAUUUGUCAAAACCUAACUUAGCUCAACUAUCACCAUAUUUUACCUGCUUUAAUUUCCCACACAUCCAUUUUCUAGCCCUAACUGCAGAUUGUGUACUUCCCGUGUCAAUCAUUUUGUGGACACUAUGUGGACAUACAGUAAACAGUAAUCAGUUUAGUAUGUGGCAAUAACAUUCUUAUAUCUACCUUAUGAAAAAAAAAAUCAAACCUAAAAUAUUUAUAGUUUGUGGUAACCACCAUCUCUGUCCCAUGCUGUGCCCAUAAUUACAAAGCCUCCCAUUGGUUGUAAAUGUCUUAACAGUAAAGACAUUUUGAUAAACUGUUAGAAUAUUAUGUCAUUGUGUAUUAACCAUGCAAUCUUAUAUUGCAUACAGUAUCAUGCCCUCAAGUGUAGAUAAAACACAUUUGUUAGGUUGCUUGGAUACAGAAGUUGUAAAUCAAAAGGAGCAUUUCUUCUGACAAUGCUUUGUUGUCCUGAGAACAAACUUGUUCUUCUUAGUCUGUCAACACGAUCAUUAUCAGUUAAAUAAUUGUUUUGUUUCUCUUUGUGUUCCUUUAAUGUCUUUAAAGAUAGAUACGUUUUUAACCUCCUCUUCUUUUGUGAUCUCAUACAUAUUUUUCCAUUAGAUCAAAUUAAUAUUUUACUGUAUCUUAUAUCAGUGCAUCACUCCUUUGUAAAUAAUCAUGAGUUAUUUAAAAAGAGUAUAGCAAGUUACAGUUUUUAUACCAACACCUGAAUGUGCUUUUAUUACAUUAAUUAUAUAAACAACAAAAAAAGUAACCCAGUACAGAUCAACUUUGUAACAACUGGGUGUCUUUAAUAGAGUCCAGAUUUAGCAAGUUGUGAACUUAAUCUGUUCUACUUGUUUUGGCAGAUUUAUAAAAAUCUUUUUUGUUUUUGUUAUUCAUAUUCAAUUAUUUCGACUGCUAAUUGUGUGUUGAUGCAUUGGAUGCGUGUCUGGCUGUUGACUGUCCUUGUGUAUCUGCAUGCUGUUGGUAGGCAUCAUUCAUGCACGUGAUCUGCCAAAUGCUGCAUGCUACUAAGUAUAAACCCCCUAAGAGUUACAACCUCAAAGUGAUACUUCACCUAAAAUCUAACUUUAGACGUUAAAACUUGUAUUUUUGAAAGUUUGUACCUGUUUUGUCCUUCUUUAAGAAUAGUGGCCAGGUUAGCUUAAAUUCAUGUUGAUUACAAUGAGUUCCAAUAGUGACAGCUUUUUACAUUGGGGGAAAAAAAGUGUCAAAAUGUCUCAGCCCACUCCUCUCUGUAUGUAUAGUUUAUGACAUAUUUCUGCUAAAACAGAAAUCAUCUGUCUUAGUCCUCCUUUAGCUUGUUUGUAGGUCCGGUCAGGCCUAUGGGAGGUGAAUGUUUGAUACUCAAAAGAUGGAUUUAGGGUAAAGUAUCACUAUAAGCAUUUUACCAUUUAAGAUGGUCAUUACACACCACAGUCCAAUACCUUAAGAGUGCUGAUCUUAGACCAGCUACUCUUUAAGAGGUGAUUGUGGGAUUUUAAACUAAACUGAACACAAGUCAAGUUUCAAUGACACAGUCUUGCAACAGUAAUGAAACACCAAAGUCCUAACGCUCAGGCACAUUUGUAAACUAUGUGUGACGACAGGUAUGAGGAACAACAAUGAUUUUGAUAAAAUAAUGCAGAUCACAGGGGCUAAAGACCUCAGAAAAAAAAUUUAUUACAGUUUAUAAAUUUAAAUAGAUGCUAAAUUACUUUUUAAAAGACUUUCCUGACACAAAGUCCCUGUGUUACGUCCCCAAGAUGUCUAGGGGUUGUGAUAGUUCUAGAUCAGUCUUGUCUUUAGAAGCUUUAAAUAUAUACAAACACACAUUAUGACCCCUGGUUCCUUUUGCCUUACCUAUUUGGGGCGAUGUGGAACCCAGAUCUGUGGUGAGUUGUGCACGGCUUAUUGCUAGACCAGUGGGACCACUCGCUCUCUAGUGUAAGGUUUAUGUUCUAAUCCUAAUGUGGUGUUUUUGUCACUCUGUUCAAAAUUUUGUUAAUUUUUUUUUCUUUUUCUUUUUGCUUUUGCUGUUGUCAGUUGCUGUCAGUGUUGUCAGUUUUAUGUCCCUAGCUUCUGCUCAAGAAAAUUCAGGAAUGUUUUAAAGGAUAUAUCACAUAAGUCAACUCAUAUCUGACUGAUAUAGAUAGGAACUAUUGGAAUGUUUGUAAUGUUUCCUCCAUGUUUUUUCUAAGUCGUGUUCUCCUACUGUGUUUCCUAUAGUAUAUAACCUUUUGCAUGUGCCAAACCUGGAAAACGCCAGAACCCAACAAUAGCAGCGUUGCACUAGCUGUAGUCAUGUGGAUGACUUUGUGGCAACUGAGACCUGCCUAAAGCCACACCUGUCGUUUACUCUGUUGGCCACAUAACAUAUACAGUAGCAUGCUGCCAUGAGUAUACCAGUGCACAUUGUGUCAGUACACUUUACAAUGCCAGUCAGUUUGAUAGAUGACUUAACAUACACUGCACUAGAUUUUCCUGCCUGUGUAGCCUUGGGAAGAAUUGUCUAUGAAAAACAUUUCAACUUGUGGAGCAUUUGAUUUAACAUCCACAAUGAAUUUCUCAGAAGUGAGAGAAAAUAUGCUUUGUACAUAUUCUGAGUUAACUCAACAACAGUCUAAGUUGCACCUCUGUAUGUACUGACUUAAUAGUCUAAGUCCGUCCCUUUAAUAGAAUCUCUGAUGACUUGCUUCCCAAUCUUCUGACUUAGAAAUGUUUUUUAAAUGUCACAGACAGUGUGGGCAUGAAAAAAAAAUUACCUACUCUCCCCGUGUGUGCCUUUCCCGACUUGAACAGAUAUACUGUACAUCUUCCUCUUAAUCCUCAUUGUCUUUGUUCUGAUCUAAAUUCUCUGCUCCAUUUUUACUCCAUACUUUUACUACGCUUACUGUACUGUUUUAAUGAAUUGUCAAAGUAGCCUAGUUGAAGUAAAUGUACUCAGUUUUUACUUUGUUUUAUGCCAUGUUAGUGUUCUAGCACAUCUUGCAAAUUAAUGAAUGUGAAUAAAAUUCUAUAAAUCUGAAUUUUAAGCACAUUUUGUUACCUGACGCCAAUAACCUUUACAGUCAUAGAACUACAACUUGACUUGAUCCUCCUGUGUCUGCCUGCUUUACCUUUACCUCCCUGUGCCUAUUACUGACCGAAUGAUGUAUGUAGUGAGUUAAUGAAUACAUGUAUCAACAACGUUAAAGGAACGUUAAAACAAUGAACGGGUGAUUGAUGGGGUUAAGUUACAUAAGUGAAAGGAUAGAUGAUGAUGAUGGUUUGUUUGAAGAACAACCCCGUGCCUGGUCACUUUAAACCCUACCUCCCGUGCCGUGUCUUGUAUGCCCUCUUUCACUCUACCUGUUACUCCUUCCUCAGUGCCUGGGCCAAGUCAAUCCAUCAUCUUAUCGACAGUGUCCUUCUCCUUUCACCCUUUUAAUCCCAUCAGGUCAGGAAAGCAGUUGAUUUUUCUUGUGCAAUUCACUCAACACAAUUGGCAUCAAUUCCACCCUUUCCUCACCUCUACUGGUCCCCCCUAAUGCACCAUGGGAAAGGAGUUAGCCAAAUGUAUUUGGUGUUUUGCUUUGUUUACAUUCUAUUUGAUGUCAUCACCUUUUUGUUUUUAAUUUAAUCAAUUAGGAUGUCCAGAAAAUGGUUAAGUAACUGUUAUUUCUUACAAUACUCCUUUUAGGUGGCUGUUUGAUUUAGUUGAAUUUUGUUUUACGUCUUUCGUCUUUGUAGUUAGUCAUUACUCUCCGCUGUGUCCUGUUCGCUGUGAAACGAGAGAGUUGAGGUUGAGCUGCCAUCUUUUUGGCUGUACAACACAGGAUCAAUGAUGUGCAGGAAUGCCUUAUUCCUUAACCCUUACAGUAACCUAGUCUCUAACUCCUUCUCUCUUUGUUCAUUUAUAAUCUCAGCACCCCUGUCCUUGUACAUAAAAGACUUACAGUAGAUAUCUACAUAGACUGUAAAAGGAAGAAUAUAUUGUAUUUUGCAAAUUGUGUGUUUGUUUUCUUCCCUUGUCACCCCGAAACCUUUAAAAUGAGUCUGAGCUACUUACCUUGUAAUUGAUUGUGUCAUUUGUACCUAAUGUAUGAUAAUGCAAAUAAAAAAAGGAAAAUGAG